AUCUGAUCCAACAUGUCUACAACAAAGUUCUCAAACCUAUUCUACAGGUCUGUGUUAACAACAAGGAAAUUAACUCAAUCCCCGCACCCUCAGAACUAAUUGAGUACGGACACCCUCUGAAACCUUCCAAGAACGCCCCUCCAAACUCUCACUCUCCAAUUAUCCUCAGGUUCUUCUCAAGAACAUGUCGUCUUCUUGUUCUUAAGAACAAACGACAGAUACUGGAAGGUAUUAACCGUUCUCAACCCAACAGGAUAUUCAUGACUGAAGAUCUCACCAAGUUGAACUACAACCGUCUGAUGGAGCUGUCCAAGGUUGAUAAAGUUGAGAGAUGCUUCACACAGAAUGGGAAAAUCAAGUUCUCUUUGAAAGACGACCCCGAUAAGAAGCUUUACACUGAUACCAUUGGCUGAUUUCCUGGUCUACAGAGAGCAAUCAUACCCUUAAAAUGCUCCUUGUUGUGCGGGAGCCGCCAGCUAUAACAUCCUUCAUAUUUUAAUGGUGAUUUAUUUAUUUAGUUUU